ACCAGUACGAAGGAAUGCGACGCCUAGCCUGCUUGUCCGCCUCUCCUCUACUAGUCUUGCUGGGAGGGGGGGGAGGAUGGGACUCGGCGGUGCCUUCCUCUUUAGUGCGGGCAUUCCACAACCCUUUGAGGGCCUUCCCCACCCGGGAGGCUAUCACGCCUAGAAUAAGAGCGACAGACACCGCAUGUAUAUCGACAAGCAGUUUUCUCCCUUCCUCCUCCUCCUCCUCCUCCUCCUCCUCCUCCUCC